AUGCCGCGGAAAUACAAGGAUGCCAUGGGAUGCAAGGAGGCAAUUAAAUGCAACGGUGCAAUGGAAUGCAAGGAUGCAACGGUUUGCAACGGUACCCCCUUGUCCCAAACGCGGUCACGUCUGCAGGGAUCGGAGCACGGCGAACCCCCCACGGGCUCGCUUGCUCCGCGCCGGCUCCAACCCCUUUGCAACUUUGUUUGCUUGCAAAGCCAGCCGGGCUCUCGCUCCGCCCUUUCCCCGGGCAUCGCCAGAAGAGCAGCGGCAGCGUCGUCGAGGCGCGCAAAUCCAGCCGAAAGCAGCAACCCGCGUCUCUCCUCGCUCGCUCGGCGGGCCCUUUGGCUACUACUACUAGACGGACGGACAGUCGCAGGAGCAGCUCAGCCCGCUUGCCCGGACGCCGCCGCCGUCGUCAUGUCGAGCUUCUCCCGCGAGUGCCGGCUGCGCUUGACCCGCGGGGCUCCGCGGAGCUUCGAGUGCGUGUCGCUGGGGAUGCCCCCGCAGGCGCUGCUGGACCAGCUGGUGGGCGACCUGCAGAGCCACCUGGAGGAGAUGGAGCGGCUGCGGGUGGGCUUGCUCGACGCCUACCCGCGCCUCUCCGGCUGGCCAAGCGGCAGGCCCCGCCGGAGCGGCUCGAGCAGCGGCUUCCCUCGGCUGGAGCAGAGCGACGACGGGCGCACCUACUACUUCGGCCUGGAGGUGGGCGACUUCUGCCCCGACGAGCUGGCCGUCAAAGUGGACGGCGCCAAGCUGACGGUCUGCGGCCGGCGGGACCAGCGGAGCGAGGCGUCCGACGGCUGCGUCUGCCACGAGGUCCGCGAGGUCCGCCGCGAGCUCCUCCUGCCCGACGACGCCGACCUGGAGGCGCUGACCUGCUGCCUGGCGCCCGAAGCCGGCCGGCUCCGCAUCGAAGCGCCCCGCCUGGGCUCCAGCCCCGCCUGGGAGCGCACCGUCCCCAUCCCCAUCUGCCGCAACAACGACGGGCCGGCCGGCAGCUUGCAAGGCGGGCGGAGCCCUUCGCCCGGCAGCCCGGAGAAGGCCUGCAUCUGA